UCUUCAACCAUCAACAGAUCCUUUCUUGCUGGAGACCAAGAAAAGAGAUCAAGUGAAGCAGAAGAAAGCGUCAUGGCAACUGCAGCACACCAGAACGUGGAGUUUGUCCGAACGGGCUACGGCAAGAACGCCGUGAGGGUCUUGCUCAUCAAGAGACGGGGGAGCCACCACUACAUCCUGGAGCUGAAGGCCAACGUGGAGCUCACACUCAGGUCGCGCAAGGACUACCUGACUGGAGACAACGCGGACAUCAUUCCCACCGACACCAUCAAGAACACUGUCCAUGCUCUGGCCAAAAUCAAAGGAGUAAAAACCAUUGAGCAGUUCUCACUGGACAUCUGUCAACAUUUCCUCACCUCUUUCAACCAUGUGCUGAGGGCCAAAGUGUACAUGGAGGAAGCUCCAUGGAGGAGGCUGGAGAAGAAUGGGGUACAGCACGUUCACGCAUUUAUCUACAGCCCCGAAGCUUGUCGUUUCUGUGAUGUCGAGCAGAACCUUGAUGGUCCUCCUGUGCUUCACAGUGGGGUGAAGGACAUGAAGGUGUUAAAAACCACCCAGUCUGGUUUUGAGGGGUUUCUCCGAGACCGCUUCACAACGCUGCAAGAGACCAAGGACAGGUGUUUCUGCACCACUGUCUAUUCCAGGUGGCGCUACAACAAGACUCAGGAUGUCGACUUCGAUGCUGCGUGGAAGUGUGUGAAGGAUACGGUUAUUGAGAAGUUUGCUGGUCCCUACCACUGUGGAGAGUAUUCACCAUCCGUGCAGAAGACUCUUUAUGAAACUCAGGUUUUGGUUCUGGACAGAGUUCCUGAGGUGGAUGAAAUAGAGAUCGUCAUGCCCAACCAGCACUACUUCACCAUCGACAUGACGAAAAUGGGUCUUGUCAACAAAGACGAGGUACUUCUUCCUCUGGAUAAUCCCUCUGGAAACAUCACAGGGACGGUGCGUCGGAAACAGAGAGCCCGACUUUGAACGCCUCAACACAACCUCAAAGUACUGACGCUGUCAGAUAUUUACGCAAAUGACCUAAUAAAAAAGAUAAUUUGA